AUGCAGCUGAUUCUAAAAUCUUUUGAUCAAUUAACUACUGGAGAAUUGUUUUCUAUUUAUUAUAUAAGGACAGCGGUGUUUGUUGUCGAACAAGAAUGUGCUUACCAGGAGGUCGAUGAAGUGGACUUGACAUGUGACCAUCUAAUGCUAAAAGAUGAUGAAGACAAAUUACUUGCAUAUGCUAGACUCAUCGACGAGCCAAAUGGGUUUCGAAUUGGACGGAUCGUCGUUUCCCCUGCUUUCAGAAGACAUGGCUAUGGACGCAGGAUUUUUCAAGAAGCCAUAAUUGCUGGUAAAAUGAGGUAUCCAGGAGCAAAAGUCGUAAAUAUCCAAGCCCAAGCUUAUCUGAAAACGUUUUAUGAAUCUUUUGGCUUCAUGAUUAAAAGCGACAGUUACCUUGAGGACGGUAUCCCCCAUUACGAUAUGAAUUUAAUGCUUACAAGUGCAAUCUAA